AUGAAGUCCUCCGCCAUUGCUUCAGUCGUAGCCUUCGCUGCCAUUGCGGCCGCUGGCGUCGUCCCCUCGGACUGGAAGCGUGAUGCCAAGGCAAUUGUUGCCCCAGGUGACGCGGGUGAAGAUGGCUCCAUCUACCCUGGCUGGAAGAAGCGUGACGACUCUGAGACGGAUGGAGCUUUCUAUCCUGGUUGGAAGCGUGACGAUUCUCAAACUGAUGGCCCCCUCUACCCUGGCUGGAAGAAGCGUGACGACUCUGAAACGGAUGGAGCUUUUUACCCCGGCUGGAAGCGCGACGACGCUGAGACUGAUGGUGCCUUCUACCCCGGCUGGAAGCGUGAUGAUGCGGAGACGGAUGGAGCUUUCUACCCCGGCUGGAAGCGCGACGACGCUGAGACGGAUGGAGCUUUCUAUCCUGGCUGGAAGCGCGACGACGCUGAGACGGAUGGAGCUUUCUAUCCUGGUUGGAAGCGUGAUGACGCUGAAACGGAUGGUGCCUUCUACCCCGGCUGGAAGCGUGAUGAUGCGGAGACUGACGGUGCCUUCUACCCCGGCUGGAAGCGCGACGACGCUGAAACUGACGGUGCCUUCUACCCCGGUUGGAAGCGUGACGAUGCGGAGACGGAUGGUGCCUUCUAUCCUGGCUGGAAGCGUGAUGAUGCUGAAACUGAUGGUGCCUUCUACCCUGGCUGGUAG